AUGAUUCUGGUCAACGGGUUUCUCCAGUUUGCCAGACAGUACCUAUCAACCUCAAUUGUUCAUGUCUUGCAGCACUGCAUGCAGCUGCAUUCGUACUUACCGCGCAGUGCAUUUGUUUUUUGGACAGGCGCAGUUCUGGUCCCUUUCAUCCAUUCAUUGCUCUCACCAACCAAUCUCACGGUGACGCCUUUGUCUUCUUCGAGACCUAGAUCGUCUGUUCCGGCGAUGGAUGUGCCUCUUUUCAGCGCCAUGUUGAAUCUUUUGAUUCGACAGCCAUUGAGUAUGGCCAAAGCACUUUCCACGCUAUACUCUGCCAUCACUCAAAGCAGAUGGAGAAAUUCUGGAUAA